AGCUGCGAUAAAGCCGCGAUGUGGUUAGGGCAUUUUCCGCGCCAUUUCUAUGAAUCACAGUUGCUGAAUGAUUGAUUAUUGAUGGCGAAGGUAGACGAAAACCCGACGACUCCAUUGGCGGUAGCCUCCAAGCUCGACCCUACUCCGGACCCUUCCCACAAAGACCAGCACUCCUCGCCCAACUCCGCCACCAACUCCUCCCGUCACCGCGCCACUAAACUCAACAACAAGAGCAAUGACCGUUCUCCGCCGCGGAGAAACCCUCAAACCGCCGAGGAGUUCGUGCUCUCCGUCGCCUCCAAAUACGCCUCUCAGCCUCUUCAGUACUCCGAUCCUGACGUUUGGGGUGUUCUCACCGCAAUUUCCGACAAGGCUCGAAAGCGUAGCCAGGGCAUUAAUAUACUUUUGACAUCUGGAGAACACUGCAUUGGCCGCAUGGUUGGCGAUUCUCGUUUCCAGAUUUCUUCUCCAGCUGUUAGUGCCAUGCAUUGCAUGAUCUAUAGAAAAAAGGUUGCUAGUGGAGACACAGAGCAUGGGACUUCUGUUUUUCUGAAAGAUACUAGCACAAACGGAACAUACCUCAACUGGAUAAAGUUGAAUAAAAGUUACCCUGAUUCUAUACUUCGGCAUGGAGACAUUAUAUCCAUUGCAUUCGCACCACAUCACGAACUUGCAUUUGCAUUUGUAUUUCGCGAAGUCUUCAGGCCUACUUCAUCAGCAGAUGCAGUAACUAUAAAGAGAAAAGCAGAGGAGUUUGGUUGCGACAACAAGAGACUUAAGGGAAUAGGCAUUGGUACUGCUGAAGGUCCUAUUUCUCUGGAUGAUUUCCGUAGCCUACAACGGUCAAACACGGAACUGAGGAAGCAACUAGAGGAUCAAGUCGCAAAAAUUGAGGCUUUGCGCAAUGAACACCGUGUAACUGUUGAGAAUCACGAGAGUGAAAUGAAAGAUUUGAGAGAUUCUGUUUCAAAAUCCUACCAUGAUCAGAUCAAAGAGUUGAACCGAUUAUUGGAGUUUAAGGAUAAAGAAUGUGUUGAAUCUAGUAGAAUAUCUGCUGAGCAAAAACAUAAUCUGGAAGAUCUUAAUGAAAGACUCAGUGCAUCUGAGCAAUCAUGUAUUGAGGCCAAUGAAAUCAUAAACAGUCAGAAAGCAUCUAUUUUGGAACUGAAGGCCUUGCUAGACGAGGAACGUGAACAGAGAAAAGAGGAACGAGAAAAGGCUGCAUCAGACCUUAAGGCCUCUAUACAGAGAGCUCAGGCUGAAGCCCGGGAGGAACUAAACAGAUACUCUGAUGCUGCUUUGAGACGCGAAAAAGAGCAGCAAGAGAUGAUUAACAAACUACAGGAAUCCGAGAAAGAGAGGUGUUCACUUGUGGAGGCCUUGAGAGUGAAAUUGGAAGAAACCAGACAGAAACUGGUAAGUUCAGACAAUAAAGCUCGCCAGCUUGAGGCACAAAUGCAAGUGGAGCAAUUGGCUUCUGUCACUAGCAGAAAAAGAAUAGAUGAUCUUGAGCAUGAAAUGGAAGGGCUGAGGAAAGAGCUCGAGACAGAAAAGCCUUUUCUCCCAUUUGAUCUUAAUCAAUUACCCUCAGAAGUAGGGGGUCUUGAGACUGAAACUCUUGCUGCAAUUUCUGCUACCACUGGCCCUUCAGUCUUCUUCAAUGGACGUCUUGCUCCCGCCAAUCCUGAUCCUGGUGCUGAACGGGAAGCAGCUGCAAAUGACGCUGCUCUCCUUGCUCCAGCCUCUGUGCACACAGGGCACAACUCAUCACCUGCAGAAGAAGAAGAAAACCAGCAGCAAACACAUACCAAUACCAAGCCAAGGUUGUCAAACAAGGUAAGAAAGCGCUAUUACUAUCUACUACGAACAACAAACUUCAGAGGGGGUAACAGCACUUGUACAAGAGUACAAGACAUGUUAUAAGACCAUUUACCUACUGUGGGCAAGAGCUAGAGAACAAAUGCAAGGACUACCCAUUGAUGUUGACACACAGAUGAAAGGGUGCGUUGGUAGAAAGAAACUGGAUUUAGAUUU